GGCGAAACUUUCUUGACGCCUUCUAUUUAAAGGCUUGGGGCGCCCCCGCCCCGCGCGCCGGGAACCCAAGCAGCCUCGCGGGCCCUGGCAAAGUGCAGUCGGACGGAGAACACCGGGCGAGGCGUGGGCAGCUCCGACUCCGGCCAGGACAGGCGCGAUGGCGAGCGACGACAGCGGACUCGCAGCCCAGGGCUUCCUUGGAUGGGGUGCAGACGAGGAGGUGGCCCAGGAGCUGGAGACGGAGGAGGAGUCGGAGGGCGAGGGGGAGGAGACGGCGGCCGAGUCGGAGGAGGAGCCCGACGCCAGGUUAUCAGAUGAGGAUGAGGAGGGCAAGACUAAGCAGGAGUGUAUCGUCUCUGACCCAUCCUUUUCCAUGGUGGCAGUUCAACGGGAAGACAGCGGGAUAACCUGGGAGACCAACUCAAGCAGAUCUUCCACUCCUUGGGCUUCAGGAGAAAGUCAGACCUCGGGAAUAUGUAGUUUGGAAGGUUCAGCUCUGACUUCUCCUCCAGGAAGUGUUUCCUUUAUUAUGGAUGAAGUUAAAAGGACACGGAAAAGAACUCAGAAGUCCAAGCGUGGCUCACCAUCACUGCGUCGGAAAGGCAGCAAAAAAAGGAAUUCUCUGGAAUCGCCAGAUGUUUUGACAACCCAAGAAGAUGGUCCUUUAAUUUCAGAAAGCCCCGUGCUCAAUACUGAGAAAGAAAAGUCAUCUAUUGGCACUUAUGAUAAAACAAGAAGGAAGACGACUGCAUCAAAUACGCCUCCCAUCACUGGGGCUAUCUACAAAGAGCACAAACCACUAGUGUUGAAGCCAGUCUACAUAGGAACGGUACAAUACAAAAUAAAGAUGUUCAAUUCAGUUAAAGAAGAGUUAAUUCCUCUACAAUUUUAUGGGACGUUGCCAAAAGGUUAUGUAAUUAAGGAAAUACAUUACAGGAGAGGAAAAGAUUCAUCCAUUAGUCUAGAGCCAGAUUUGAGCAAUAGUGGCUCUAACAUAGUUUCCCAAAGGAAAUUAGCCCAGAGCCCAGAAGAAGACAAAGUAAGAGAGCUUGCUCCACCCUGGAGAGGUGCCCUCUCCAAAGGAUCCACGACCUCAUUGUUUAGUCACGAAGAACAAAAGAAAACAUAUGCCGAUUCCCAUUUCAAUGUUCCAUCUUCAAAAGAACACACAUUUCCCUCUAAUGCCAGAAAUGAUACAGCUGAUCAAGAAGAAAAGCUCAGACUUCCACAGAUGAUGCCACAACAGCCAGAUGACGAAUCAGAGACCCACAGAACAGAGCCACCGAGCACCCCAGCAACCAUGGUCCUUGAAAGAGCAAAGGAAGAACUAGAACAGAACGCACAAGAAAAGGAAAGUUCAGAGGAUGAUGCUUCAGUCUUGACAGGCUCAGCUGAGGAUGUGCAACGGGAAGGCUUGGUUUCUGUCAACCAUUCCAUGCCAUGGGAGGCAGAAAAGGAGUCUUUGGAGACAGGACCACCAAGACCAGCACCAGACAUCCAAGAAAAGUUUGAGCCAGACAUGGAAGGGCUAGAGCUGAUUUCAACAGAAAAAACAGAACAAGUGUCUGAAUACGUGACCUCAUCUGAGCCCAUAGUCCACAGAGAGGAGGAGCAUGCGCCUGAGCCCAUAGUCCGCAGAGAGGAGGAGCAUGCGCCUGAGCCCAUAGUCCAUAGAGAGGAGGAGCAUGCGCCUGAGCCCGUAGUCCACAGAGAGGAGGAGCAUGCGCCUGAGCCCGUAGUCCACAGAGAGGAGGAGCAUGCGCCUGAGCACAUAGUCCAUAGAGAGGAGGAGCAUGCGCCUGAGCCCACAGUCCAUAGAGAGGAGGAGCAUGCGCCUGAGCCCGAGCAUGCGCCUGAGCCCAUAGUCCAUAGAGAGGAGGAGCAUGCACCUGAGCCCAUAGACCUCAGAGAGGAGGAGCAUGCGCCAGAACCCACAGUUCAUAGAAAGGAAGAACAUGAACUCGAGCCGCUUCUCUCCCUUGCAUCACAACAACUAGAGAGGGGAGUGGAAACUUCUACACCAAUCACGGAUACCACUGAACCCGAAGAUUCUAGUCUAGAAGAAGAGAUCAUAGAACUUGAUUACCCAGAAAGUCCUUUAGUUUCUAAGAAGACGUCCCCAUCGCCUCUGUCCCCUGAAGUGGAGCACAGAAAAGAGUCCAUUCUACCAACACAGAUGACAUUCACACCUGAACAUAGUACUUUGUCCGAGGAAGAAAGAGAGGAAAACGAGUCUGUUUCUACGGAUUCUGCUUUUGUAUCUGAGUAUUCAGUCCUUCAGGAUUUGAACCGCACACCAGAGAAGCUAGAAGUAGAGGCAGUUUCUGUAUCUGAUGUGAAAUCUAGCCCUGAACCUGCAGUCUUUUCAGAGGACGACGAGGAACAUAAGCCUUAUUCCCCAGCUCUGACCUCUGUAUCUGAGCAGUCCCUCUCUCCAUCCACCACCGAGAAGACAUCUGCCACCCAGGCCCCACCCUUUUCACCAGUUUCACCAGUCCUGUCUGGAGAUGAGGCCUCAGAGAGCGUGUGUCACUCACCAGAUUCUGAAUCUGCGGCUGAGUAUUCUAUUCCAGCACAUGCGCAAGAGUUACUGGUGAAAACAGGUGACCACAAGCUCUCAUUAAAGCCCCAACAUGUUUCUGAGCCCAUGAUUCAGGCAGAAGAUGAGAACGAAGACAUUGGACUACUUUCCCCAGCCGCACUGAGACAUGCAGCUCUAUCAGAAGAUGAGGGUCUAGAAAGUGAAAGUUUUGCAUCAGAUUCAAAGCUGCCAUUUAAACCCUCAGUUCCACAAAAUGCAACACAGGAAUCCCCUCCAAAAACAAUAGAUGACAUGCCCCAAUUCAAACCAAAAGGCCUUUCUGAUCCUGCAACCCUGUUAGAAGAAGAGAAGGAAGCCAUUGGGGUUGAGCUAUCUUCAUCCAAUGCGGUCUCUGCAGCUGAGCGCGCUCUCUCUCCACAAACCACUGAGAUGCUUUCUGAAAGGCAGGCUCCACCUCCCUGGGCCACCUCAUCCGAACAAGUGGUCCCAUCAGAAGAAGGGAGCGGAGAUGGGCAGCAGCGCACAUUCUCUUCCACACCAGAGCUUGUCCACACAUCCCCUCUGCUUCUGAAGGAUGCCUCCUCACCUACAGGUCUAUCAGAGCAAGGGCAGGAAGAAGACAAUAUUGGGCCCCUUUCCCCUGAUUCUGCAUUUGCGUCAGAAUUCUCAUUCUCUCCCUAUCCAACUCAGGAGCUCGAGAAAAGAGAGCUGGGGCGGGAUUCUCCCCUGUGCUUAACAUCACCCUCUGAGCAGACUGUUCUGUCUGAUGAGGACACGGAAGAGGCUGAACUCUUUUCUCCAGAUUCAGCAUCACAGGUGUCAAUCCCACCAUACAGAAUCGCAGAAACGGAGCAAAACAAAGUCGAGCCAGACGACUUACUACCCACGAGGCCUGCUCCGGACUAUCCCUACUUCUCAGAGGCAGAUGAAGAAGAGGUGGGAUCCUCAGUGGUCACGCCUGUGCCUGAGCAUUCUGGCCCAUCACAGGCGUGGGAAAAGGAGUCUUACCCUUCGAGGCCUGUGUUCGAAGAUCUGAGCCUGCCACCUUCCACAGAUAAGACCGGCAAAGCAGAAACUACGUUGGAUGUUCCAACAAUUUCAACCUCUGUAUCUGAAUAUCUCAUCCUGGCACAGCAGGAGAAAACUCAGGCAUCUUUGGAGCCUGAGGCUGAAGAUUCGGUACCACCACCAACCAGUGGAUGGGAGAAGAGAGAUGCAAAGAGUGGUCUGCCAGCAGUUACAAUAGCAGCUUCCUCUUCUGCACUCUCAUCAGUGGUAAAGGAAGAAACCACAUCCGUUUUGCCCACCUCUCAGUCCUCAGUUUCACCCGAGUCAGCCCGUGUGCUUAAGACAGAACAGGAACCCACAGCAUCGCUCACUCUAACAAGUGCAGAUGAACAGAUGGCUUUGCCCAAAGUCAGAAGGGAAGAAACUGUGCUGGAUUCUCAAGAAGCGACAGCACACGAAUUGCAGGAUCAGACACCAGAGCCUCAGCCCCCAAAUGUUCCAGGGUCUGGGAUGAAAUAUUCAGUUUUGUCUGACUUGGGAGAUGAGCCAAAGGCGGAUGUCAAACUCAAUUUAGCUCCAACUGUGACUUCUGAACCAGAACAGAGAAUGUUGUCAAAGAAUGAGCCUAAAGUGGCAAAGCCAUAUUCACCUCCAGAGGAAACAUCUAUUUCUGGACCUAAGGUUUUAUCUGCAGUGAAAACGGAAGUGAAGCAGGAGUCCAAAAUAACCAGGGAACUUCCUGCAGCUUCAUCGGAGAUAGAGAGGGAAGUGGAACACUGUCCACCUGCACCACCUGCACUUCCAGUGUUGACAGAAGAGACGGGGAAAGACACCGAAGCCAGCUCUUCUGCCACCACAGUGCCAGUAACUAAGCUUGAUUCAAGUUCAACUGAAUUAGGCAGGGAUGAGAUCCUGACAGAUCCAUCUCUUGCCAGCCCUGCGGAACACCCAGGCUUAAAGAGAGUAGGGAAGAGCGAGUUAGGAAGUCGUUUGCCGUCGCCCAGCAUGUCUGCCUCAGAGGUGUUAAGGCCCGAACCCAUACUUCCUGUCAACUCAGGGGGUGAGGCAGAGAGAGAAGACAGGGAGCCUCCUACAUUGCAAGUGUCACCCACAUCCAAACACACAGUGCCAAAUGACAAACACGAGGAGAUAACAAGGUCUCCUGAUUCUGAAAAUUUAGUGUCAGAUAAUUUAGCCCCAACAUUACUGGCCCUCAGGCAUGAGAUGAACAGACAAGCAGAGGAGACAUCUUCUCCAGUGCCGGGGAGUUUCCUGUCAGGAAAGCAAGAGCUUACAAAGCUCCCCCGAGAGCCUGAGAAGCACAAACAGUUAUCAGAAGUACCCACUACUGGGUCAGAACUCAUUGAUAGUAGAGAUAGAGAUAGAUCCUUAGGUAUAGAACCAGUAAAACCCACCGGAAUGGAACCAGAGCCUUCUAUCUUAGAAAAGGGCCCCUCUGAGCUUAGGAGAAGAGGAAAAGAUCAAGAAGAAAACAGGGAGCUCCCCGUGCCUCCAUUAGAGACUGCUUCUUUUGACCUCCCCAUUGAGCAAAAGGAGCUUAGACGGACCCUUCAUGAGGGCCAAGCUGUUGAGGUGCCCGAUGAGAGCAGCUCUUCUGCAGAUAAGCCAGAGCUGGGUGAUAAACAAUUGACAGAGAAGCAACCCAAGCCAUUUGUGACAACUGAGCGUGCCAGUGUUACAGGAUCAAAAGUGAAAGAGGGUCUCAUUUCUCUAAAGGACAACACCUGGGUGCUGGAAAAGCCAGGUGGUUUAGUCAAUCAGCAUGGGCAGCCGGAGUCCUCUGAGAGCACUGCUCUGGUAUCAGAGAAACUUGGGGCUGCUCCAUUGGAUACAGAUCACACGUCUGAAAUCAGAAACCAAGAAGCAAGCAAAGCCCCAGUGCCUGGUGAGAAGCCAUCUCAGGAACCCCCAGUGCCUGGUGAGAAGCCAUCUCAGGAACCCCCAGUGCCUGGUGAGAAGCCAUCUCAGGAACCCCCAGUGCCUGGUGAGAAGCCAUCUCAGGAACCCCCAGUGCNUGGUGAGAAGCCAUCUCAGGAACCCGGAAGGGUUCAGUCAAAGGCUGUAGAUGAUUCUGAGGAAGGGAGAAAGCCAGCCUCUGGCAACGUGGAAGAACUCACCCAAAGUAAGUCUGUCCCUGCUGUGAAAGCAAAUGCCAUACCUCAACCUCCAGCAACUCCAGAGGUGACACAAAAGCCACCUGAGAAGUCACUGGUCGCUGAGCAAGGUCUUCCUGCAGAGAAGGGAAAGAAAGGAAUUUCGUCUUUUAAAUCAUGGAUGUCUAGUUUAUUGUUUGGACCAAGCAUCCCAGAUAGUAAGGUCUCUGACGACAAAGAUCUAGAAACUCGACCCAGUCCCUCUGCAGAGAAAGCAGUACCUGCCAUAGAGCCAAAAGGUACAGCUCCUGCUGAGGGUAAUGCAGCCGAGAAGCCAGCGGUUCAUUCAUUACCUGAGGUCACAGUUAAACUGGCUGAGGAACCCAAAGGUGUUUCUGUUAAAUCCAGCGUAAGUCAAGACCUUAGAGAAAAACUCACAUUUUUAUCGAAUGAAGACGUUUUGAAGCAGCCUAAGUCUAGCUCUGAAAACUAUGGGCAGAAGGAUCUCCCAGGCUUCUCAGAAGGAAUGGGUGAAAGCUUGGCUACUUCAGUUGGUGACAAACAUCCUGGCAUUCAUCCUUGUUCCCCUACGGGUGAGAAAGUGGGUAUGGAAGAAGCCCAAAACAUGGCUCCUCUUCGUAUUACUGAGAGCCAAAGACACCAGAAGACAGAGAUCUCUCCUCCGUCUAUGUGGGGUAUUUCUGCACGUAAGGAAGAGCCAAGCAGUGAUCACAAGGAAACAAGGCUCCCGUCAUCUGAUGUCGUAGAUAGAAUGCCACAAUGGCCAGAAUCAGCUCAGUCCGCCUUCACAAGGAUGGACUCAGAGGAUCCAGCAUCAGUGAUUCUGCCAGUGGAAUCAAAAGGCAGUUUAAGCCAUCUUGGUGAAGAUAGACUUAGACAAGAAAUGCCAAAACCCACUUCUCCAGAACAUUGUGAAGAGGAAGUGGAGCGUCCAACAGAGGAGAAGGAUGACUGGGAAACUAGAUCAUUUUCCUUGGCAGGGAAGAGGGGCCUGGCAGAGAAGCAAGAAAUCACGGCUCCCUUGGAACUUAGGGGAAAUGAAGCAGUAGGAGAGUUGCAAACUAUGCCGGAAUCUCGACCUUUCAAAUCAGAAGAAUCAAAAGCUGCUGAGAGGCUGGAACAGCGCAUCUCUCCAAGUGAAGAGCUCAUGGAAAAACCCAGCAAAACUCUUGCUUUGGAUAGGAGAGAAAAGGAAAUGCAGGAAUGGGUAUUUUCAGAAGGAGAGAAGCAAGGAUACCCCCCUGCAGCCAUGCCUGUGCCUGGAGCAUCAGCUGUCUCUUUGGAUAAGGCCCAACCACAAUUGCUGGCUAAACCAACACCAGUUGUUGAAAAACCAGAACAUAUAUUCACAGAGAUAUAUCCAGAAAUUAGGGAGAGAAAGGCAGCAGAAACCCAACCACAUCCCCAGGAAGAAGGUAAAACUUUAGUAGAGAAAACCAAGGAUUCCUGUGUGGAGUCUCCUCAUGGAGAGGAAAUGGAUAGCCAUUCUGUUACUCAGGGAGGAAGUCUGGAGUUGGAAAAGUCAUGUGAGAGUAGAGUGGCUCUCAAAGAGGAAAGGAGGCAGUUCGUGAUGCCCGAGUUGUCCCUUGGUGCUUCAGUGACUGCGGAAGAUGGAACUGUGCAGCCAGGACCCCUAUCUAGGGAUUCCGACAGGACAUCAGAGCACAUGACUGAUGAAACAAAGGAUUUAGGAACGCGGACUCAGCUGUCAGCUGUAGAACCACAGACUCUUGUUUUAGGAACGUCUGUAGAACAUACAGUGAAGAAACAAGAAACAUGGUCAAACAGGCCCACAGUCCACACUUUCCAGACAUCUAAAGACCACCCAGAAGAGAUGCUGAAACAGUCUGUUCUUAUUUCAAAGCCUCACUUGGAAGCUGUGGAAGAUGUGCACAGAAACGAACCGCCCUCUUCAGCAGCAAGCAACUAUACUCAGUUUAUGCUUAGCGAGUCAGAGGUCAGUGCUGAUGGAGCUCCUCCUAGGGGAGGCACAGCCCAGGAGCCUGAAGGGACCUCUGUGAAAGAUGAAGAAUUUUCAGUAACCAGCAAGCCAGCUGGCCUUUCAGAACACCAGAAGAGUGCCUUUAGCAUCAUUUCUGAAGGCUGCGAGAUACUGAAUAUCCAUGCCCCUGCCUUCAUCCCUUCUGUGGACCAGGAAGCAAGUGAACAAAUGCAAGAUAAGUUGCAGUAUGUGGAAGAGAAAGCUUCAUUUAAAAGCAUAUCUGUUCGUGACGAGAAGAAGGCAGUUGCUUCCCAUAAAACACAGAAGAGCAAGUUAGAAGUUCCUGAUAGGAAAGUUACAUCACCGAGGGAAGAUGAGCCACAGGAAACUCCUAAGACAAAGGAGGAGGUAGCCACAGAGUCAGGAAUGGGCGACUUCACACCUACCCAACCUACAGUUUCUGGUGAAGAGGAUUAUUUUGAAAAAUAUACUUUGAUUGAUUAUAACCUCUCCCCGGGCUCAGAAAAACAGAAACCACCUGUUGAGGAAUCCUCAGAGGAAGCCACCAAAACGCUGACUUCUUUCCCAGAAAGUUCAGCUGAACAGGCCCUAGACCACGAAUAUAACUUAGUAAAGUUAGAUGAAAGCUUUUACGGGCCAGAAAAGGAUGGUAGCCAAUUAUCUCAUGCAGAGAUGCAGACGUCUUUGGUUAUCCAAAAACCAGACGACAGAAAUGCUCCAAAGGGUAUCAGUAGAGAUGUGGACUCCAAGUCUCCUGGGAUGCCUUUAUUUGAUGUGGAGGAAGGAGUUCUGUCUAAAAGACAGAUAUUUCCCACCACCACCAAGGCUGUCAACCCUGAGCUGCUAGAGGAGCCACCUGCACUUUCCUUCUUCUAUAAGGAUCUGUAUGAAGGGGCAUGUGGGGAGAAAAAUGAAGGAGAAACAGCUUCAGAAGGUGACAGUGUGGACUCUGAGACAUCAUUCCCAAGGCGACACUCUGACACUGAUGAUGGACCAGGAAUGUAUUUUGAGAAGUACAUACUCAAAGACGACAUUCUUCACGGCAAAUCUGUAACGCAAGAGGAUCAAGGCCAAGGCCUGGAAGAAAAGCCAGGUGGUGAAGAGGAUUCACAGCAACUGAGAGUGGCUGAAAGAGAGAUCAGGAGAAAGCCUGAAACUAGUUUUUGGGAGAAAGAUCUGGAAGAACAGCACAAGGUUGUUGGCCGGGAAGGAGAACCCACAGGCCACAUGGAGACCCUUGACGAGGUGGCAAUGCAGCAGAAAGCUCCAAUUACAGAGCAAGUCAGAGCAGUCACCCAGAAGAUGAGCUAUGCAGUUCCAUUCCAGGACACCCGCUGUGCUCUGGAGAGUGAGCCAAGCUGCCAGGGUAAUGAGGCAGGAAAUGCAAGUCCAGAUGUCAAUCUGAAUGUCCCAGUACAAGUGUCUUUCCCAGAGGAAGAAUUUGCAGCAGGUGCCACUUAUGCUCCUGAAGUAUCGCAAGAGAGGCUGGUCCCAUCUGUGUCACGUGAAGAGAGGCUCCACAAUACCCCUGUGCAGGAUGAGUAUGACUUUGUUGGCUCUCUGAAUCAGGAAGCAGCCAGUCAAGCCAUCUUACCAGAAGAGCCAUGUUCAGAAUCCUCACCCAAAGAAGUGUUAUCUCAAGGAACAGAAUCCUUUGAGCACAUCAGGGAACAAGAAAUCACGAGUGGGGGGGAUCCAAGAAUGUCUGCUUUACAGGAAGCGUGGGACAGAAGGACAGAAGACCUGUCAGCAAGAGACUCGGUGACCGCUAAGACACAAAAGGAACAGAAAAAGGCUCAGGUUGAAUCUUACUGCUACACCUGCAAAAGCCUGGUCUCCGAAACAGACAAGGCGCUGGACAUUCACAAAGACCACGAGGUUUCAGCACUUGACACAGCUAUAAGUGCAGUUAAGGUUCAAUUAGGAGAAUUUCUUGAGAAUCUACAAGAAAAAUCCUUGAGGAUUGAAGCGUUUGUUAGUGAGAUUGAAUCCUUUUUUAAUACCAUUGAGGAAAAGUGUAGCAAAAACGAGAAGCGACUGGAAAUGCAGAACGAGGAAAUGAUGAAGAAGGUUUUGGCGCAGUAUGAUGAGAAAGCACAGAGCUUCGAGGAAGUGAAGAAGAAGAAGAUGGAGUUCCUGCAUGACCAGAUGGUCCACUUCCUGCAGAGCAUGGACACGGCCAAGGACACCCUGGAGACCAUUGUGAGAGAGGCGGAGGAGCUUGAUGAGACGGUUUUCCUGGCUAGGCACAACCCUGUAACCGCAGCACUUGGGACGCCAACACAGCGUGAUCACAGGUUGCUGUCUGCCAUGGAGAGCACAGCUUCCUUAGAGAACAUGCCUGCCGCAUUCUCGCGUUUUGAACACUAUGAUGACAGCUCGGCGCGAAGUGACCAGAUGUUGAAACAAGUGGCUGUUCCACAGCCUCCCAGACUAGAACCCCAGGAACCAAGUUCUGCUACCAGCACAACAAUUGCUGUGUACUGGAGUGUGAACAAGGAGGACGUUGUGGACUCAUUCCAGGUGUACUGUGUAGAGGAGCCUCAGGAUGAUCAAGAAAUAAAUGAACUGGUAGAAGAAUAUAGAUUAACAGUGAAGGAGAGUUGCUGCAUAUUUGAAGACUUAGAACCCGAUCGAUGUUAUCAAGUGUGGGUGAUGGCUGUCAACUUCACCGGAUGUAGCCUGCCCAGUGAAAGAGCAAUUUUUAGAACAGCACCUUCCACACCUGUGAUUCAUGUAGAAGACUGUACUGUGUGUUGGAACUCUGCCACUGUCAGAUGGCGGCCCGCUAACCCCGAGGCCACUGAGACCUACACUCUGGAGUACUGCAGACAGCAUUCCCCUGAGGGCGAGGGACUGAGAUCUUUCUCUGGAAUUAAAGGACUCCAGCUCAAAGUUAACCUCCCUCCCAACGACAAUUACUUCUUCUAUGUGAGAGCCACCAAUGCCUCUGGGACAAGCGAGCAGAGCGAAGCUGCCCUUAUCUCCACCAGAGGAACUAGAUUCCUCUUAUUGAGAGAAACAGCUCACCCAGCUCUCCAGAUCUCCGCGAACGGGACGGUGAUCAGCUUCUCUGAGAGGAGACGGCUGACAGAGAUCCCCUCAGUGCUGGGUGAGGAGCUGCCUGCCUGCGGCCAGCAUUACUGGGAAACCACCGUCGCAGACAGUCCAGCCUAUCGACUCGGCAUCUGCUCCAGCUCAGCUGUGAGGGCUGGUGCCCUGGGACAAGGGGAGACCUCAUGGUACAUGCACUGCUCUGAGCCACAGAGAUACACAUUUUUCUACAGUGGCAUUGUGAGCGAGGUGCACGCCACCGAGCGUCCAGCCAGAGUGGGCAUUCUGCUGGACUACACCAACCAGAGACUUCUGUUUAUAAACGCCGAGAGUGGACAGCUGCUCUUCAUCGUGAGGCACAGGUUCAGUGAGGGCGUGCAUCCUGCCUUUGCUCUGGAGAAGCCCGGGAGAUGUACUCUGCAUCUGGGCGUAGAGCCCCCGGAUUCUGCCAGGCACAAGUGAAGCUGGGCAUUCAGAGUUUAUCAGAGUAGGAGUAAGAGUUGGGGUACAGACCCGCCAUUCUGUCUCUCGGGCAAUGUGUAUUAUUUAGAUAGUCUCCCACACACCUGCACUGAUGUGCAGUCAGUCAGCAUGUGAGCAGAGCCAGGGACCCCGUGCCUCAUGGAGCAGUGUGUGAGUGGAGGGGUGGAAACACAGCCUUCACCCUUGGUUCACAGUUGGAGCUGUUUCCUAAAUUCAAAGGAUUUACACGUGACCUGAACCAAACCGGAGAAAAGAACUUGUGUCUGCUCUAUCGGUCAAACAAAUUCCCCGGUGGCUAAGUCAGAGAGGAGGGAGAUGUGUCCCUGGCACACCUCUUACAAAGGGACAUCGACUUCUUGCACAAGAAAUGUCACCUUACUUCACUAGAGGAUAAUGAACCCUAGUCAUUAGAGAAAGUGUUUUAGCUGAUCUAAAUUUACAAUGAAUUCUUUUAUUAUCACAUGUGCUGUAGGAUGUAAGCCUCUCUUCUCUGGAAGUUUAAAUGUAGAAAAGCACUAAAUAUCAGAGAUUUCCAUUUUGUUAAAUAAAUGGCUAGCAUCUUAU